GAAUAUUAUUCUUUUUUUUUAAACCUCCUUUAAACUGUAACCGGAAAUUUCUAAUUUCAAUUACUGCCAAUGCAAGAUGAUAUAAAAGAAGUUAAUGCCGUCUUAUCCAAUAGUUUAUUAGAUGAAGUUCAAAAGUGUUAAAGCAACAAAAUUAAUUUUUCAAAAAUGAAACUACACAUUUUUAUUGGAUCAGUUUUUUUAAUAGUUUUAAUAAAUAAUGUUGAUGGGAAAUUCAAUGUGGAAGGAUUGAAAAAAAUGACAAAACCUCUAAGGGAACCGUGCAUUCAACAAUCGGGUGUUUCUCCAGAAUUGGUUGAUGAGGCAAGAAAUGGAAAUUUCGCAGACGAUAUGGAACUAAAGUGUUACUAUAUGUGUCUUAUGCAAAAGCUUAAAGUUAUUAAAGGUGGAAAACUUACUGUGUCUUCUAUAAAGGCACAAGCUGCAGCUUUAAUGGAAGACAGUCUCGCUGCUCGAGUAAUUGAAUUGAUAGAUGCUUGUGAAGAAUCAGCUGUUCAUGACGAUUUAUGUGAAGCAUCAUUUAGAUAUGUGAAAUGUGCUAUUGAUUUUGACAGCACUUUAAAUUUCUUCCCGUAAUUCAAAAAGGAAUAUAACGUGACGAGAAAAUAUGUGUGUAAAGAACUAUUAUUUUCAAUUUUCUAAAAAAAUAAAUUAUUAUUCUAAUGUAAUAAAAGCAAGUUGUUCAUUUUA